UGCACUAGGUGUUUGGUACAAACAGUUGAUGUUUUUACCAAGUUUUCUUACAAUUCUUUAUGGACUUUAUUUUUUGAUGGCACUUCAUCACUUAUUGUGGAUUAUCUUAAAUGGAAAUGUUGUGAACAGAACUGGCCAAUAGUGUUCUUUUCUAAAUUUUAAUCAACAUCUGGCCAGUAUAUCAGUGGUGUUUCUUUUACUGAUCUGCCUGCUUGUCUGUCUGGCUCAGUGUUACUUAUGGGAGGCUAUUAAUGAAUCAGAAGAAGUUCAGAGGUUUGCUGGACUGAGUGGAUUGCCUUACAAAGAAAUGCUCAACAGGUUAAGCCUGUAUCCUCUGUAGUUUAGAAGAGUCAAAGGUGACUUAAUUAAAGCAUAAAAUCCUGAGGAGACUUGAUCAGGGAGAUGUUGCCUCUUGUGGGAGAAUCUACAAUUGGCAACAAUUUUAAAAACAGGGUGUCGUAGAUGUAAGACAGUAAAGUGGAACCAUUUUUUGGAGUGUUGUGUUUUUGGAAUUCCCUUCCCCAGUGUAGUGAAUUACGAAUCUUUAAAUGUUUUUACUCACAAGUAGAUAGAUUCUUGAUAUCGAGGAUAUGCAGGAACAUAGAAUUGAGGUUAAAAUUGGAUCAGCCAUGAUUUUACUGAAUGCCUCAGUUGGCUUAAAGGGCCAAUAGGCCUAUAUUUGUUCCAUAUUCAAACAUUUAUAUAAAAAUUGGCCAUUGCUCAUGGUGAUUAUGGUACUCUUUUAAAUGGUGUCAUGGGAUCUUUACAUCCAAGUUCUUGUUUGACAUUGCAUUGGAAAAGGAGUUGGAUAACUACUUAAAAGGCGAAAAAAAAUCAGUGUGAUGACAAAUGGAGAUGGGAGUAUUGGAUUUAACAAUAUUCUUUUGAGGAGUCACCAGACCUGAAAUGUUAACUCUGUUUUCUCCUUCACAGAUGAUGCCAGACCUGCUGAGUUUUUCCAGCAACUUUGUUUUUGUUCAAGUAGUGGAUAGUUGGAUAUUAUUUACAUUAACAGGCAGUAGUCAUUUGAUAAAGUACUGUUGAUCUAAAGGAGACUGUUAGCUAACAGCAUAGCUUAUGGAAUCUAAAACAAAAAAAAAACUUGAUUUGGUUAGGAUGUUUGCUGAACUGAUAUCGAGGGAGAACUGGAUCUUAAGGAUAAUUUCAAUAUUAUGUGUUGCUGAAAUAUUAAUAUAUAUUCCAGGGCAGCUGCUGCAUUGAAAUAAGACUUGAGCCUUUUCUGCACACAGUUGGUUGCAACGUAAAUUAAAAGAAAAGUGGUCAAGAAGGCAUACGACAUGCUUUCAGUCAUCAGAUGGGGUAUUGAGUACAGAGUUGGCAGGUCAUGUUACAAUUGUAUAGGACUUUGGUUCAACCACAUUUGGAAUGCUGCGUACAGUUCUGGUCGCCACUUUACCAAAAGGAUGUGGAUGCUUUGGAGAGGGUGCAGAGGAGGUUCACCAGGAUGUUGCCUGGUAUGGAGGGUGCUAGCUAUGAAGAGAGGUUGAGUGGAUUAGGAUUGUUCACAUUAGAAAGAUGGAGGUUGAGGGAGGACCUAAUUGAGGUCUACAAAGUCAUGAGGGGUAUAGACAGGGUGGGUAGCAAGAAGCUUUUUCCCCCCAGAGUGGGGGGACUCAGUUACUAGGGGUCAUAAUUGCAAGGUGAGAGGGUAAAAGUUUAAGGGAGAUAUGCGUAGAAAGUUCUUUACGCAUGGGUGCCUUGAACGCCUUGCCAGUGGAGGUGGUCAAGGCAGGCAUGAAAGCGUCAUUUAAGAUGUAUCUAGACAGGUACAUGAAUGAGCAGGGAGCAGAGGGAUACAGAUCCUUGGAAAAUAGGCAACAGGUUUAGAUAGAGGAUCUGGAUCAGUGAGGUGUGGAGAGCCGAAGGGCCUGUUCCUGUGCUGUAAUUUUCUUUGUUCUAAUGGCCUUCUCUGCUGCGUUACACUUAAUAGACAAAUUAAUUGUGUUUUAAGUUGCUUCUUUUUAAAUGAAACUGCCAAAUGUUUGGUUAAGUGGGGAAAUUCAACUUACGUAAUCAUUUUCUUCUCCUUCUGACAUUGUGGACUGUUUGGUGUUUUCCUGUUUAACUGAUUACGUAUCCGGCACAAUGUGGUAUUUUAAUAAGUAGGAAGAGAUCUUAGAUUGGAAUAAUUAACCCAUUGUACUUGGUGUCAAAUAUUGACCAGCUACCUUUUGGAUUGAGUAUUGUUAAGUAUUCUACCUGACACUGCUUUUGCUGGAGAUUUGGAUGAGUAGGAAACAUUUCAUUAAAGAAUUGUCCUGUGGAAACCAUGUAAUGCUGACACUGACCAUUGUGUCAAUCUGAAGAGGUGAUUAUUGCUGAGAUUAUAGAAUCCAAGGAAGAAUCCAUCACAAAGUCGGCCCUGUACAGAGCUUUGGUGUUGAUUGCUCUAGCUCAGCAAGGAAAGCAGCCUUCCCCAAAACUACUGGAGAAUAUCACACAAGAAUAUCCAAAACCUCGGUUGGGUGAGUUAGAGUCGAUCCGGAUGCAGGCUCAUGGGAAUCCGAUCCUCUUGUCAAAGACUCUGCAAGACCUGCUGCAUAUUGAUAUGGUGCAGGUGGAACUAAUUCCAGAGAAGAAGGGUCUGUUUUUAAAACACGUGGAAUAUGAACUUUCCAGCCAGCGAUUCAAGUCGUCUGUUUACCGACGAUACAAUGAUUUUGUGGUGUUUCAUGAAGUGCUCCUCCAGCGGUUCCCAUAUCGAAUGGUACCAGCAUUGCCACCAAAGAGAAUGCUAAGAGCUGACCGUGAAUUUAUUGAGUCUCGGCGACGUGCUCUAAAGCGUUUUAUUAACCUGGUGGCUCGGCACCCAUUCUUCUCUGAAGAUGAGCUUCUGCAUAUCUUCCUGUGCUUCAGUGGUCCAGAUGUUCAGAAUAAGAUUCGCGAAUCAUUGCGAGGAGUGGGUGAUGAGUUUAUGACGUGUGAAAUCGCAGCAACAGCCAAGGAACUACUUCCUCCUGAUAUUCAGGCUCAGUUUGGUGCUAGUCGGGAGCUGAUCCGAAACAUCUACAACAGUUUCCAUAAGCUAAGGGACCGGGCAGAGAGAAUGGCAAACAGAUCUGCUGAGAACGCCACUGAUCUCCUGCUGUUUGGGAAGGAACUGAGUAUCUUGGGCUCUGACACAACACCAGUUCCAUCGUGGGCAUCAGCUGCAAACAACACAUGGGGUACCCUGAAGCAAGCCCUUAAAGGCUUAUCUGUGGAGUUUGCGUUACUUGCUGACAAAGCUGCACAACAGGGUAAACGAGAAGAGGAGGAAGUGGUCGAAAAACUCAACCUGUUUCUGGAUCUGUUGCAAUCCUACAAGGACUUGUGUGAGCGUCAUGAGAAAGGUGUCCUUCAUGAGCACCAACGAGCAUUGCAGAAAUACACCUCCAUGAAACGGCAGAUGAUGAGUGUAACUGUGCAAAACAAAGAGCAAAUUUCUGUGGAGCAACUGGAGUCACGAAUUGUACAGCAAGAGAAUACAAUUCUCACCAUGGAGCUUCGGAACUAUUUUUCGAUGUAUUGCCUGCACCAGGAGACUCAACUCAUCCAUGUUUACUUACACAUCAUCUCCCAUGUGCUGACUGCCUUCAUUGAUUCACAGAUCCAAGGGCAUCGAGAGAUGAGUGAAGUGUGGAAUGAUUUGAAACCGAAGUUGGGAGGUCUUCUGCCCAAUGGAGUGCCAUCACCACCUCUGUCCCCAGGGAAUUUGCAGGCCCCAAGGUCCAUUUUACCCACAGUGAAUUGAGAUGCUUCCUUUAUUUCUAAUUAAUGUUCUUUUUCUUCAUCCUCUGUAAAAGAUUCCAUAUUUUGUUCCCUAUAAAAGGACAUUAUCUGCAAUAUGGUUAAAACUUUUUACUAAAAUAACAGCUCCUCAAAGUUGUAAACAAAGCCAUACCAUGUGUGUUGGUCCAUCUCCUGUGCUUGUGUGGGGAUGCUGGACUGUUGAAAUAAGGGUUUUCACUGUUGAUGAUCUGUGGCAGUGUUGAUUUAUGACCAUCUUUUGAUAUAAUUAGGAGCAUCACUGCAUUGAACUAAUCAGUCAAUUUUUAUUUUGGUUUGACAAAACAGUUUAGAGCAACCCUCUUGAGUUGCCCACAGUGUAUCAGUGGGGACAGGGAACAGUUCUGGUGGAACUUCCCCUCUCCUAAAUGUGAAUAGAAUCCAGACUACCCUGAACUAUUUUUUUGUAACCACCUGGUAACUAUUAUUUGUCUGCAUAUAAACAAUGAUUAUAUUAUUGGAUGUUACUCCUUUCGCUGCUGGGAACAAUUGCAUUAUAUUGUUUGACCUGCUGGAGUGGCAUUGCUGGUUAAUUAUGAAGACUCUUUGAGAUAUGCUGCUUAAUCCUGGAAGGGUGGGAGAGACUUGAUGAAGCAAACAAAGAUUGAGCUAUGAUGAGGUAGAACCAGUCCUAUUGCAUGCUUUUUAGCUGUGUAUUCAAUUCCAUUCCUUGCCCUUCAAACCAAAAAAUAAAGCUGAAGGACCUGAUGAGAGAUGCCAUUUGCUUUGGAUUAACUUGAAGCUGAUGGGAGCCUGGUUUUAAAAUGGUUUAUCUAGAGAUCUUCCACCCAACUGUAGUCUGUGCAGAGUGGAGCAUUCACUUUAGACUCCUGCUGGAUUAGGAUCAAAGAUGUAUUGGAAAUUGUGCUUGAUGUGGACUUUGUGGUUUCAGUACUGGUAUACUCAGUGUUUUGUUUGUAACUCCCUGUUGCAUUAACUCUGACUGCACUUGUCUUAAGGAUUUUAUGAAGGUGCAACAAAAAGAUUAAUCUUGAUUGUAAAGAAGGUUGUGAUGCAUUUGCAGAUAGUUGUACAGUGACAUUCAGCUUAAUUUUUUAACCCCUCCCAACCACAACCCCCCCCCCCCUGCACAAACCUUGAUAUACAAGGAAGUUCUGAACUGCAGAAGGUCAAAUUGUUUGACUGCAGAUUAUAUAUAUCAUUGUAUUCCUUGCCAAAUUGAAUUUGUAGUUGAAACUUUGUAUAUAGAUUUUCACUUCAGUGCUGUGAACUGGAAGCUCAAUUGUUGAACAGUCAGGCUUGAAAUACUUUUGGUCCUUGCUGAGAGUUUUGCACUGAGGCAGAUGGUCUGGCCUCUGAAAACAACAGGAAAUUCCAACAUACUCGGGGAACUGAAAUGCUUUUAAAGUUUUGGGAUGUUUCCUGGAGGAAUUCUUCUCAAAAAACUUUGUUUUCUUAAAAAAAGAAAUAAUUUGGAAGACUUUUGAAAUGGCAUUGCAAGGCAUAUAUGAGAAUGAAAAUUGCUGGAAAUUUCAGCUUAUCAACAUUUUUUUAAAAAAAGGGAAUGCACUAGAUAGCCUUGAGUAUAAACUUUAUUCAAAGGCAGAAAAAAUUCACCUGUGCUGUUAACCAGUUUCCGUAAAUCACUGUAUUGCAGCCACUUGAAAUACAAUAAUUGGGACACUAUAUUAUGUACAAGGUAAUGUUGUCAGAACUGCUAACAAGGUGCUAAUUCGAUGGGGUCACUGAAAUCAUGAGAUUAUUUCAUGCAGGUUAUCAGUGACGUCUAACCACCCCCUGCCCCACCUCUGCACGUGCAGAAAAAUGUCACCUUUUCCUUGCAUGUUGCUGAACAAGACAGAAAGUUGUUGGAAUAAGCAUUAAAGCAAGUCAGAAUGCAUGCAGAACAUUCCUGAAACCUCUCCUCUUACCCUGCCAAUUCAAUUUGCACAGGAAAUAGAAUUAGAAGUAGUCAUAAGGCUCCUUUCAUGCAUUCUUCUAUCUGAAAGGUUUUAACAUGUAAAUGAUCUAGCUGUUGACCAUCGAUGCAAUUACCAGUAUGUUUCUCCAAUGACUUUAAUAAGAAUUGUACAGGCUUUGUAGAAUGAGGUUUGUAGACUAGGUUUAUUUCAUAAUUCUACAGCGUUUACUGCUGAAAAUGACCUGCUCCUCAGUACUAUACUAAUUUAGAGCUAAGUUUAGAGCUCUGUCCAGCUGUCCAUUUUAAAAUGGGUGCUAGCAUAAGAGGUGAAGUAUUUCUGAGAAAUUUUGCUUUUUAUUUUGGAAACAGGGCAAUUCCUUUUAUCUCUUACGUCAUGUGAAAAUAUUAUUAAUAUCUAAAAAUCCCCUCGCUCUACAUUGAGGAAGAGCCAGAUUGUUUAGUAUCAUUGUGGAAAAAAGACAUUACGUUGUGGCUGUUUGUCCGCAAUUUGGCAGCUACAUUAUGCAGCACCUACACGUGCAAGACAAAAAAAUGCCUGUGAAGAGUUUGGGACAUUCUGCAGUAAAGAUCCCCAUAAAUGCAAGUCUUUUUUUUACACAGGAGACCAAAAUAGCCCAAAGAAUGUUUCUUCAUUGCUGAUGGGAAAGAGCCAUUCUGCAAACAUCCUUUUAACAGCUUUCACUGUUCUCCUGUGAUUGUGCCACUGACUGAAAGCUUGGUAUAGAUCUAAGGGAUCUUGACAUGUGAAAUGUUAAACCACAGAAACUUCCCCUAGGAAUUGAUUAAAACUUUUUUACUAGUUUGUUCUCUUGUUUAGAGCUACUUCUUGAUUAUUAAGGAACCCAGAAUGCUGACGUGCCAAAUUAAGUUUAUGUAUUUGCACCCAGCUAUAGCAGGGUGGCUUUGAGAUUGUACAUGGUGAGUGAUCCUUUUGUCACUACAUCAAUAGCUGCUCCGUGAAAGGAGUAAACAUUCUACUUUUGAGGAAACUGACGGGAGGUGCCAGGAAUGUGAUGCUGGGGAAGUAGUCUUGAAUAUAAUCCCUGUGUUAGGGAGAGGCCUGUGUCCCCCCUCCCUCAAGUGUUGACCGAUAUAAUCCUGUAAUCUUGGUAUUGUUUUAUGCCAGCUGUGUCAUAAAUAAUUUUUUAUUCAUGUGGACAGUGGGAGGGCAGGAUUCACAGCUAGUAUUUGAAUUUUGUAUCAAGGCCUGUUUACUGAAGUUUGUUUAUAUAGUGCACUGCAGCACACUGUUCACAGCGAAUAUUUGAAGACUACAGCAAAUUACUUAUGACUGAAACGAACAAUAUCAGGGUGAUUUCUCCAAGUUAAAUAAUGCAAAUUGUGUGCAAAAUUAAUUCACUACUUUCCUUUGUUUCCAUGCAUGAUUUAAUAGGGGAAUUAUAUGGUCAUCACCUGACCUGAGAGUAGUGACUGUAGGAUAGUAUCCACAGUCCCUAUUAAUUUAAGGCUGUACAAUGUUUUUAAGAUUCUGAGCAACAUGGCCUUUCUCCUUCUGAUUAGAUGAUACCUAUUGCCCUUUCAUCUAGAGCCUGGAUUUAUGUCUAUUCUGGUUUGUUGUCAGAACAUUAUUUGAAUAAAAACUUAAGACUGGAAAAGUUGAUAAUACCUGCUGUUUCUCAUUUCUCCAUUUGUUCAGCCACAAAUCCUCUCCCUUCAGUUUCACAUGCUUUGUUCGGUCACAAAUGCUGUACAUUGACCCAUCUCAUUUUAGAUAUCGCAAAACUGGGAGUUUGCAUUUUUACAUCGUUGGAACUGAUGUAAUUUAUUUUGGGCAGAGACCAGCUGGGAGUACCUGAUGUUGUACCUAAGCCCAAAGCACCUUCAGUUUUUGGCUGGUUGGUUAAAGAGUGAAUAUUUUAAUAGCAGGAAAUAACAUGGAAAUCUGAAUUAAUUUAUGCUCUUUAAAGGAUUACCUCAGAUGUAACUAAUCAGAUUGGUUGAAAAUCUGUCAAUUGUAUGACUUAGCUUUGCAAAAGAAGCAAGAUCAAUGUGUUUUCUAAGCAAUGUGCAACUUUAAAUGAUUUUGAAAACUAUCAUGUCGAUUUGUAGGUUGGGAGCUGUAACUGAUUUCAUCCUCAUGUUUUUAAUGUCACUUUUUCUUGAUGCAAAGGAUUUGGGGCUUGGGAAAUUGUUUUGUGGGACAUGUUUACAGGGAAGAGUGUUGAAAUUAAUGUGGGUCUUGCUAAUCUGGAGAGUUAAGUGAUCAUCUACAAUUGUGUAUACUAUCUCAGUUCAAGUCAGUUGGAAGGAGAUUAACAUUUGCACUUUAUUAAAUAAUGUUCAUGUUAAAAUCCUCAGAUUAUAUUCAGAAUAUAAAGCAAAUACAAUGAUUUACAAUAUAUGUUUACUAUAUAUAAAAAUUGUCUGCAAUAAAUUAUAUACUUAUGGAAUGGUGUCUUUAAGCAGUUACUGAUUUGUUUUAAAAAGUAUUUUUUCAAUCUAUUCACUGAGUACAUGAGAACUGAUGUGAUUACAAGUUGAAUAAAACAAUGCUCCCAAUACGUUUAUAGGAUCAAUACAAUUAUAAGAAAAACACUUUAAAUUUAGCAACACAAUAGGUGCUAAAUUUAAUUUUCUUUUUAUGCCUGCAUAAGGAUGAUCUUGGUGAUGAGAGGAUCAACUAGUUCAAAUGAACUGAUUGGCUAGCUCUUUCAAAUGACCAACUAAUACAUUAGAGAGCAAGACACAAAGUUCAUGGAAUAUUAUUUAUUAGACCU